CGGGGGAUCGUGGUGCGUCCGGAAGUGGCGGGAGGGCAGCUCCGGGCUCGCUCCGCAGGGCUCAGGUCCUGGGCCCAGUGUGGGUCCUGCCUGAGGCUCUUUGCGCCUCCCGCUCCAGGACUCGAAGUGUCAUUUCGGGGCCGCUGUCUACGGGGCGAGGAGGUGGCGGUGCCGCCUGGCCUCGUGGGAUACGUGAUGGUGACGGAAGAGAAGGAAGUGUCCAUGGGGAAGCCAGACCCCUUGCAGGAUUCCGGGACUGACGACCAAGAAGAGUCGCCGCUGGAACGGGACUUUGACCGCUUCAUUGGAGCCACUGCCAGCUUCAGCCACUUCACCUUGUGGGGUCUGGAGACCAUCCCUGGCCCGGAUGCCAAAGUGCGUGGGGCCCUAACUUGGCCCAGUCUUGCGGCAGCGAUUCACGCACAGGUGCCCGAGGACUGAGAACCAGAGCUUGAAAUUCAAAGCUGCGAUCCCUUCACAGCAGUAAACCAGCUCUUUGGAACCACUGAUUCCAUCACCCCAAUAAAGGAGCUCUUUACAGCA